AUGCCAUAUGUCAAUGGACUUCGGGAAAAAUUGAGACGCAAUCGAAAUGAAAAAUACGAUGUGUUUGUUUACUACACAGAUAGUGAAACUUGUGGUGGGAAUGUACAUCCGUAUGAAGCCCUCAUAAAAUACAGAGAAUACUUUGGGAAUUCAGAAGUUAGAUUGGUUGUAUGUGCAAUGAAUGCUACAGAUCUCACUUUAUCAGAUCAGGGGGAUCCUUUAGUGUUGGAUAUUGUCGGGGUUGACGCCAACGCCCCAUGGAUCAUAUCGGAAUUCACAAAAGGACAUAUAUAAGACAAAAACACAUCAUAAAUCAUGGUCUUCUUGUAUCAUAUACUGUAUAUAUUUUUACAUUACUUUCAUUGAUUGU